ACCGUGUUCUCGAAGCAUUUAUGCUUGAGUAAAAUUAGUCGUUUUCCUCUGCAAUAACUGCGUCGUUUUCCUUUCGGUUUCUCAGCUAGUCGUCCUCGUUAUUUUCGGAGACUACCGAGAGUCGGGAAACUGGGCUUCCGGGUGAUCGGAGGCGAUGUGCUAACGCUCCGGUGCCCGCAACGCGCUCAACUAGCCCCUCGUAGAUAAACUGAUCCAGCGAAGCGUGCAGCGGCGGCGGCGUUUCGGAGUUGAAACGCGGAAUCGGCGGGCGAGGGCGAGAGGGCGAGAGGGUGAGAGGGCGAGAGGGUGAGGGUGAGGUGGUAGGGAAAACCCGAGGGCGCUGCGACGGCGUUGCGUCCCCACCGGCCCCGUGGAUCCGCGGACCAAAGUCUCGCUUUCCCGCCUAGUUCAGAAGUGCGCCUUCCGAGAAUCGUGCCGCGGCGAGUCGACAUGAAGACUGACGGCAACAACGGCUACCUCAGGACCAACGUCGUCCCCGAGGACAGCGAGCUCCUUCCAGCUUCCACCGGACACGAGGGACCGGCUUCCGGUGUACCGCUGCAGGUGACAAUCGGCCCUCGAGGAGUUGCAGCAACCAGCAUAACUCACCACGGUGGAAGCAAUCUUCAGGGUUCGAUCGGCGGCGGUGGAGUUCCCAGAGGAAGAAGUCAUGUGUCUUUGAACAGGCAGCGACUGCUCGGUGUCUUGGCCUUCACUCUCGUCGCAAGUUGCAUGCUUACUCUUCUGCUCCUCGCUUUGAAUACGUCGCGUGAAUGCGACCAGAAGAUAGUGCCGAAGGUGUGCAUGACCGAGGAGUGCGUGCGAACAGCCGCCAGCCUCCUCUCGGCGAUGGAUCAAACCGCCGCGCCAUGCGUAGACUUCUUCCAGUACGCCUGCGGCACCUGGAAUCGCCUUCACGUCAUUCCCGAGGAUCGCAGCUCGAUAAGCACCUUCGAAGUGCUCGCGGACCAGCUUCAGGUCAUUCUUAAACGAGUCCUCGAAGAACCGCCGAACGAAGACGACAACGCUGCGACCCUGAAGGCCAAAAUGUUCUACAAAUCCUGCGUCGAUAUCCCUCGGAUACGAGAGAUCGGCGAUGCUCCACUUAGGACGACCCUUCGGGGACUCGGAGGGUGGCCUGCAGUCGAGGGCGCCUCCUGGGUCCCUCCGUCGUAUCCGGUUGAGGUCCUGUUGGGCCGCCUUCGUGGCGAGUAUAACGAAGGAGUGCUUUUGGAGCAGUGGGUCGGGCCUGACGACAAGAACUCCUCCGCGAACAUCCUUCAGCUGGAUCAGAUGCAGCUGGCCCUUCCAAGCCGCGAUUAUUACCUGAAGGCCAGCAGCCAGGCUGAGCUAAAGGCCUACCACCGUUACAUGACGAACGUCGCAAUCCUCCUCGGAGCGAAUCCAGAGACCGCAGCGGCAGAAUUCGACCAAGUAAUCGUCCUCGAGAAGCAGCUUGCGAAUGCGUCGCUUCCGGAAGCGGACAGACACGAUACCUCCGCAAUUUAUCGAAAGCUGACCCUCCGCCAGCUCCAGGAAGAAGUCCCUCAGCUGAAUUGGUACGUCUAUUUAACGGCUUUUCUGACCGCUCCAAUAACGGAGGAUGAGCCCGUCGUUACAUACGCGAUGCCCUACUUCGUCCAGAUGGGCCGCAUCCUUGAGCACACCGACCAGAGGACUCUCCACAACUACGUUCUUUGGCGCCUGGUCAUGUCAAUAAUGCCGCACAUGAUCGACGACUACCAACAGAAGCGAGUCGAGUUCCGUAAGAUUCUUUUGGGAAUCCUGAGCGAGCGGAACCGCUGGUCCCAGUGCGUUGAAUGGACAAACAAGAAGCUGGGGAUGGCGGUUGGCGCGCUCUUCAUCCGAGACAAUUUCAACCACGAUAGCAAGGAGACCGCGCUGGAGAUGAUUCACACGAUCAGAGAGGCUUUUAACGAGCUUCUCGCUGAGAAUCAUUGGAUGGACGACGAGACGAGGGCCGUGGCGAAGAGCAAGGCCGAUUCAAUGAACGAGCGUAUCGGGUAUCCAGAGUUCCUCAAGGACUCGGUUGAGCUUUCGAAGGAAUACGUCAUGCUCAACAUCACGGACCAUCGUUUCCUUGAGAACAUACUCGCGGUUCUAAAGUAUGACGCUUACCACAAUCUACAGAAGUUAAGGCAGCCGGUCGACAAGGACAAAUGGUCGACCGAGCCGGCGGUUGUCAACGCGUUCUACAACCCCAACAAAAACGACAUAGUAUUUCCCGCCGGCAUACUACAGCCGUUAUUCUAUUCACAACACUUUCCAAAGUCCCUAAAUUACGGCGGUAUCGGCGUUGUAAUCGGGCACGAGAUCACCCACGGUUUCGACGACAAGGGUCGCCAGUUCGACAAGGACGGCAACAUGAUGCAGUGGUGGAACAACGCCACUAUUAGGGCAUUCCGCGAGCGUGCACAGUGCAUAGUUGACCAGUAUUCCCGUUACAGACUCCAGGAAAUUGACCUCUACGUAAACGGCCGGAUGACUCAGGGCGAAAACAUCGCCGAUAACGGUGGUCUCAAGCAGUCCUUUAGGGCUUACAAAAAGUGGGUUUCGAUCCACGGAGAGGAGCCGCUACUGCCAGGUGUGAAUUUGACACACGAUCAGCUCUUCUUUUUGAAUUACGCCCAGAUUUGGUGCGGCUCGAUGCGCCCGGAGGACGCUUUGACGAAAAUACGUAGCAGCGUGCAUUCGCCGGGCCCCGUACGAGUUUUGGGCCCACUUUCGAACAGCGAGGACUUUGCGCGUGCCUUCAACUGCUCACCGGGCUCGCCGAUGAACCCGACCCACAAAUGCAGCGUGUGGUGAGCCGGACGUUAAACUGCAGGAAUGGGUUGCAAACGUAUUUUGUAAAACGGUGAGGCGCUGCUGAUCCUUUGUAAUUCGCAUCGCGUAACGUGAACAAAAACCGAUUCUGUACGGUGAGAAAUGGCGAACGAUAAAAAAAAUUACCACACCGAAGGGAAAAAGCU